AAUUGCACGUCAGCUGCAAUAUGUUUCGUUUUCGGUGAUUUGGUAUAAUUUAUUUAUUUUAAAAUUACAAAUUCUACGAGCAUUUUAUAGUGAGUGUGAUGUGUCUAGCAAAAUGUCUGAAGAAGAAAUCGUGGAUAUAGAACAGGAAUUAAGUGAUCUCUUAACUAAAGUCCAACCCAACCUGCAAGAUGUUAUCAAAAGGAGUUUUACGAAUGUGGCUCUUCAGCAGACGAAGAAUGGUGAACAAAUCAAACCAGACACACUGGGUGACACCUCCUAUUUCGCAAAAAACACUCAAGUGAACCUCUUCCGUUUAGAACUUGUGAAGGCACCUACAUUCCACAUGCAGGCUCUGUCAUUAGAUUUGAAAUCCAUGAUUCUUACACUGCGAUGUUCACUUGGGGAGGUCAAUGUAAAGGGUCUGUAUAGUGCAUUUAAUGAGAACUUGUAUAAUCUCAUUCCUGUAAUGGCUGAAGGACAUGUUGUAAUAUCAUUGUCGAACAUGAUCGCAGAUGUAAGGGUUGGCUUAGUGCUCGAAGAUGAUGCGUUCUCAUUCAUCAAUCCCGGCAUUGAGUUCACACACGAUGAAGUCCUUGUAAAGUUGUCCUGGCCAUCUCCACAACGGAGUGGCGGUUACGAAUUCGCUACGACCGAACAGCUAGCUAAACACAUAGAUGACCUGCCUCUAACGGCGGCAGUGUCCCUGCCUCUGUACGCGCUGCUGAGGGAGAAGCUACAGCUGCAUCUAGCGCUGGUGCUGCGCCAGGCUACCAGCGUCUCAGAGGUCAUGUGCUGUAACCCGUCGCUGAUGGAAGCUUACAGCGGUAUGAUCGACGGGCUGGCUCGGAACGGCAACAAGGUGGUGGACAUGAUCCUCAUCAACAUCCGCCGCACGCUGCUGCAGAGCUGUCGGGAACUACUGCAACUGCCACCGCUCCACGCUACCUUCAUGCAUAAAAUAGGAUCAUUAUCGUUUAUCGGUAAAUUUGAGACGGACACGGGCUGGGUGAAGAACCUGGCGACCAUCAACCGAAUCAGUGACGUCAGCGUCACGCGACCGGACCCCAUGAAGACCAGCUUCUACGUCACGUUGAGGAUAAAAGAUUUGCAAAUUGGUUACGACGAAUACCGUAUCCGUGCGAUGGGCGUGUCGUGCGCGGGGCGCGCGGCCGCGGCGCUGCACCGACACUCGCUGCACCUCGCGCUCACACUCGGCCUCGCGCACUGGGAGCCAUACGCACAGCUCGACCAUCUACGAGUGCACAACUUGGAUUGCGCAGACUUGCACGUAACGGGUCUCGGUCCGUUGAGCGGGGCUUCGAGCCUCGUAUGCGCGUGGUUACGAGGAGCUUCCACCUCCCUCGCAGCGCCCGCGGUAUCUGCGCAGAUACAGCACGAGCUACACACCGCAUUACAAGAACUACCAUUAUGGGAUCUGCUACAUGCCAAACACUGACGUAAGAUGCUACAGCGACAGGUUAUAUAACAUGUUACUGCAACGUAAGACUGCGCAACGUGAUGCAGGUAAUAUUUAUUUAGGAAUUGUUCCGUGCCAAAUGGAUGAAUUAUAUAUACAUACAUACAAUCGUACGGAUGAUAUUUGUUAUGUUUUUGAGAUGUCGGCUAUUGCGUAUAUUUAUUGUCUAGCUUAAACGAAGGUCGUCAGAUUAAAACAGAAUGCUCUAAGAAUUUACGUUGGUGGGCCUUUUAUGCACUUCGAGAAAAAUUCUCUUCGAUUUGUCUUUCUCUACACCACUAUGUACUGGAUAUUUCUUUCUUUAUUCUUUCUUUUCGGACUACAAAAUGAGCCCUUACUAGAUUCGGUUGAAUAUAUACCAAUAUAGGUCCUCCAUAAUUUCAAAAUCGUCAAAUUAAGAUCGAAUUUAAACAUGAGUUCUAUAAGUUUUGUGGUAAGAUCAAACGGUUAUCGAAAUCGGCAGUUAGAAGGUAUGUGAUAUAAAGGUCCUGUCCUGUUACACAAUAUCUGAUUACUGACUGCCGGGCAACGGGUUCGAUUCCUGGGUCGGGCAAAGUAUUACUGAGUUUUUAAAAAUCUCAGUAGUAGC